GGGCGGGGCGGACGGCGGGCACGGAGCACACGGCGGCGGCGGCGCGGGGUCCGCACCAUGGGCGGCGGCUGCUGGCGGCUGCUGGGCGUCGUGUGCCCGCUGCUCCUGCACCUCGCCGCGAGCCAGGAGCCCGUCAGCAUGGCGGGACAGUGCGACACCAUCUACAAGGGCUUCGCCGAAUGCCUGCUCAGCCUGGGGGAGAGCAUGGCCCGCAGCGUCCGGCAGCAGCAGCAGGAGGAGGGCGGCGACGAGGCGCAGGAGCUGGAGGCCAUCUGCAAGUCCUGGGAUGAGUUCCACACCUGCGCCAGCGAGGCGCUGUCGCGGUGCCCCGUGGAAGCGGCCACGGUCUGGGAGUCGCUGCGCCAGGAGUCCCGCAAGAUCCAGUUCCAGGGGAACCUGCAGGAGCUGUGCAGCGCCCGGGGCCGCCUGGCCAGCGCCCAGAGCUCGCCGGCCUCUGAGACCAACCAGGCCACGCUGCGGGGCUCGGCCACCACCCUGCACCCCCGGCUGCCGGUCCUGCUGGCCCUGCUGACCCUGCCGGCCCUGCUGGCCCGGCUCUAGCCCUGCCCGGCCGCGGGUGACCAGGCGAUGCCGCCUGCCCCGGCUGCUGGCCGGUCCCGCCGCGCCCACCUCCCACCCGGGCAUCCCUCGCCGGGCACGGUCCGCUCCUGCAGCACUUCAGAUGGAUUUAUAUUUAUAUUAAAAGACACUUUUACAUUU